GCCUCUGUGUUUGCUCUCUUCUGGGGUUUAGGGUUUAGAGCAACCUAGCGUCAGGGUUUCGGGCUUUUUUCUUGCUACGAAAUAUGGUGGUGCGCAUUUGAAGAUUAGGGGUCAGAAUACUUUUGGUUCUCCUGAUUCUAAGAAUUUCCUUUGAGAUAAAUCCGUCAUGAUAUCAUCUGCAAUGAGGAAAGUUCCCAUUAUAACCAGCUAUGCCCUAGGCUCAUGUAGAAGAUCAGUAUUAUGGCAUUCGACUAUGUCAUUUGAUGAGUAUGAAAAUAGCCAUGGAGAUUUGAAGGAUGAGGAUUUUAUCCCCAACAAAGGAGAAUUACAACCACAAGGUGUAGACCCUAAAAGGGGCUGGGCUUUUAGAGGAGUGCACAAGGCAAUCAUUUGUGGGAAGAUUGGGCAGCCUCCAGUGCAGAAAAUAUUACGAAAUGGCCGGACUGUGACCAUAUUCACUGUUGGAACGGGUGGUAUGUUUGACCAGAGGAUUUUGGGAUCUGAGCACUUGCCAAGACCGGCUCAAUGGCACAGAAUUGCUGUGCAUAACGAGCAGCUUGGAGCUUAUGCUGUUCAGCAACUUGUUAAGAACGCGUCGGUUUUUGUUGAGGGGGACAUUGAAACCAGAGUUUACAAUGACACCAUUAAUGGACAAGUUAGAAAUGUUCCAGAAAUUUGUGUGAGGCGUGAUGGUAAACUACAGUUGAUUAAAGCAGUUGCAGAUGCCAGCAAUAUUUCUUUAGAUGAACUAAGGGAAGGCUUAUUCUAAAGGGAGGUGCAAUCUUGUAUCAUUACAUGCUGGUAAGAAGGGAUUGUCCCUCUCUUUCUUUUUUGUUUGUAUGGGUCACAAAGCCCAGACCCCUCUCUGUCUCUCUCUUGGGAGGACUGUUCUGCAAAUUUGUAUCUUUUUUCCUUGUAUUUUUUCGGCAGGAAAUGUCAAGCUUUGUAAGAGUACCAAAUUUUCUAAUAGUUGGGGCUUGAUUUUCAUGUGAGCAUAUAGUGAUCUUCCCUUGUC